AAGGAUAUUUACAUAUCGAAAUGGUUCGUGUUUGACAGCAUGCAGUUCUUAAUGGAUAGGGAUGAACCAAGGAGAGGAUUAAACACAGAAAAUGACGAAGCAGGACCAGACCAAGAGGUUUCAGAGGAAAGUCAACAAGAGCCGCUGCAGUCGCAUUUGAAGGAUGAGGGAAGAGACAUGAGUCCGGUUUCAUCUACUCAAAGCUUGCCGUCGCAGUUCACUACUGCUUCACAACCAAACUUGGUAAACAUACAAAAGAAGAGAAAACAGCAAACAGAGGACCCAAGAAUACAAAAAGCUUUUGAGAUCUUGGAAUCCAGUUCUAAACGCAGCGGAAGUGAAAACAAAUAUUCUGGUUAAUGUCAGCACAUUGGCCAAAAACUUAUGAGUUAUUCCAGCAGAACACAAACAUUAGUAGAACACAUAGAUUAACACUGUGCUAUUCAGAGCUGAUAUGGGUUAUUACGAUCGUCCUUCCAAGUACGUCUGUAAUGGCUAGGCAUACUUCUGGAAUAAUGUUACUAAUUAAUGCUUUGGAUACUUUAAACAGGUACUGCAGACUGCCAAAGGAAUCUCCGGUCUCCAAAAAACGUAAAGUUAUCGCCAGACGUUCUCGCGGUGAUAUAGCUUCUCUUAACUGCGUGUCCUUUUUAGCAAUUUUUGGUGCUACCAACCUCAGUAAGUAUUCAAAGUCAGCACUUGUCAUCCGUGUAAAGUUUCUAAAUUGGUCACAUCCAAUUUCAGAAGUUAGAUCCCUUAGCACAUCACUUCUAUCACGAAACAACUGCAUUUGCCACCAGCGACGCCUUUGACGUUUCUUGGUUUCUUUUUGCUUAAUUAGUUUAUAAAAUACAAUAAACGCAGCAGCCGCAAUUUCCUCGUCCACCAUGAU